AUUAAGAAGAAAAAAAAAAGAAACAUAAUUAAUAAUGAUGAUUAGAAAUUUAAUUAAACGGAAACGCAAUGAUGAGAAACAAUUAAUUUUGAUUAUGAUAUGAAACACACAUUGAAAAGAAAAACUUUUAAUCAAUAAAUUAAUUACUAGAUGAUUUGAAUUAACGGUAAAAUGAUUAAAUAAAACAAUUAAACUUUUAAAAAUGGAAACAAAUUAAACAAUUAAACUGAUCAUUUGGUUUGGUGCAAAAAUAGUUUUUGAAAAGUUUUUUGUUUUUUGUUUUGUUUUGUUUAAUUACAUUAAAUAUGAUCAACUAGUUUCCAUUGUUAAUUUAAUUGAUUAUUUGACUAAUUAACUUAAUUACUAACCUGGUGUAACUGUUGUAACACAGUAAAAAGUGAAUAUAAUUAAUCCUAACCUGAGAUCCAUUUUGAUCAAGAUUCUCAGUGCUAAUGAUCAACUAAUUGUCUUCGCAAUUUAUAGUCGCCUAAAUAUUUUCACCUUCGCAAAAGUUAAGAGAUAUUGAGAUAAUCGAUCAAUGGUAAUAAUUUCAUCUUCUUAUCAUCAUCUUUUCUUCCUCCUCCCUCUUCUUCAUCUUCUUCAUCUUCAUCAUCAUCAUCUUCUCUUUCAAAUAAUUUCACCUCCAUCUCUCAUUGCUUAUCAUCUUCUUCACAUGUGUCUUAACAUAUUCUACUUUUCAUCAUCUCCAUCAUCUUAAUCAUCUUCAUCACCAGUAACUUGAGCGAAAACAUCUCUCAUCUUCUCAUCAUCAUCAUCAUUUUCAUCUUCCUCUUACAUUUGAAUUCAUCUCAAGUUUUGAAAGGGUCGUUCAUCGAUCUAACAAGAGUUGAUUACAGAGUGUUGAGAGGAUAAGAACGAUAACAAGUUAAUCAGUGUAUUACAAUUAAACUUAAUUCACUUUUGGAACUAUUCAAAUAUUCAAAUGAUUAAUAUUAUCAAUUAAUAUCUUGGAUGAAGUGGUUGAUAUAUUAAACUGAUAAUCGACGUUGAUUGUUAUGUAAUUUGAUUUUACAUCUAAUACAAAGAUCUCGAUUAACAAGGUUGUAUAAACUGGAUUAAUUUCUAACUCUCUGAUUGAUUGACCAAAUCUUGGGUUAAUUGUUUACUAUUAAGACCAUGGUUAAUGAAAGUGUGACGGAAUUGAAACAAUCAAUCACCCGAAGAGCGAGAAAAGUUGAAUCUAUUGGUAAAAAAGCUCAAAAGGAAUUGAAAUCUCAAGGGAAAUUAUUAAACUCAACGAACGCGAAUCUAAAUGAAACUGGACUGACACUCAAUCAAAUUGAAAUGGAUUUAAUUGCAAUUGAACAAUAUGAAAGUAAUUUAUGGUCUCGAAUAUUUUGUUGCUAUUGUUGUGUCAACGCUAAUAGAAGUGUCAUAAAUCACGAAGAUCGAUCGGUAUCAAGUCAACAAAUCGUCGAAACAUUUACCGUUGAAGAUCGUCUAACUCCCCAUGAAGUUGACAAACUUUGGUGUCAAACUUAUGAUCCAAAUGAACGUUGGUAUCAACAAAUGGAAUCUCAUGUCGAUAGAUUGAUUGAAUUAAUUGAAUCAUUGGAUCAUGACAUUGGUCAGCAAAAGGGUCAAGCGAUCUCAUUAAAAGGCAAAGUUAAAUCGUUUGAUAUUAAAUUGAAAAACAAUCGGAAAACCAUGAAACGAAUGAGUAAAAAUAAAUAAUAGUCGAACUGGUUUAAUCUUAAUCGUCUUAUUUUAAUCAAGCAAAUAUCAAUUACAAUAUGAUUGUCAUAAAUCACGAUUAGUUUUAGUUACCAAUCAUCAACAUCUUAACUACUCUAUUUACUUUAAUUAUUAUUAUUGCGAUUGACAAACAAAUACAAUCAACAAUUUUGUUUACUGAUUAACGAAACUGUUUACAGAUUAAAAUAUAAUAAUAGUAACCAUGAUCACGAUGAUUACUAACCAAUUUAAUCUUUGACUAUUCUUGACACUUUGUCUCCUCUUUAUCAAUCUAAUGGUUAAUUGUUGAUCAAAUUAGUUAACUAUUUAGGUUGAUCAUUUCUCUGUUUGAUUCCUUCCGGUUAAGUUAACUGUAAUUCCUUUCACAAUCAAUGUUUCCAAUACAA